UGGUUUUCAGCUUACGUGUUUUGUUUCGUUUUGAGGGGGGUUUUUUUUGUUUUUGAGGCAAAGAAAAUCUUAGUACAUGAUUCUAAGUAAGAAAAAUGUCUCCCCAGAGAUCACUGCACCAACACAUUUAAUCUCUAGGAUUACAUUGCUUUGUAGAUUGCAAUAGUGCAUGGAGGUUGACAAAUUCAACUUGUCUAAGGCUUUAUCCUGUGAAGACUUAUGAAAAUACUGGUGAAGGGAAAGUGUCAGCCAGUCAAACAUUUCCAAUCCGUACUUUUUCACAAAGCACCCUGCCAUUAGCCUGUUAAUAUCAGACUUCCAGUUAAAGCUCUGUAUGAUGCUACAGAGACACCUGAGCAAAUAGCACAAGGGAGCCCUGAAUAUACAAGGAAAAAUAAAUGCACAAGUACGGAACUACAGCUAUGGGCAAAAACUCAGACUUGACACCCUCUCCCCAGUCCCACAUGUAGGUAGUAAGAAGUACAAAUUCAGAAAUGUUCUUUUACUAGCCAAGUACAGUAAUUGUAGCCAGAAAAGGUAUGCAGAGAAGAAAAUUAAAGAAAACCUUUUUUUAAAGAAAGUAAGCAAUGACUCAGAAAACAAGAUUUUGGUCACAUCUGGCAUUAGCAUAGUGCAGAUAAGCAAAAAUUAAUUUGGUAGUAGUCUCAGAAAAAAUGUUCCCUGUAUAAACAGGAAACAAGGCACCAAACAUGCAAUUUGGCAGUGGUUGAAUGUGUGAAGACAUGCUUAGCGCUGUGCAAGAGAUGAUAGCAAAUUUGCUAAGCCAAAUUUAAACUAGACUGUGGCCUAUCACUCUGCCAGGGAAAGCCAAACUGCAAUACCAAGGAAAAGUAUAAAGGUUAAAAUAUCAGGAAAUGUAGAGAUUACUGAGAAGUAUGUUUUGGUUGAUGGACGUAUUUAUUUACAGUUAAACUUGCUAAACAAGUGGCAAAUGAUGCCCUCAGUAGAUCUACAAACAAAACAAGUGCUACUAGAAGAGCAUGUGUGCAAUUUUGGCUUUUCUGUAGCAAAGCUGCAAAGAAAUUUAAUGUUUUUGAAAGAAAGUAAGUGACAUCUUCUGGAUAAGUUACUCCAAGAAGUAGACUGCUUGUGUCACUCAGGCUGGCGGAGCUUUAUGGAGUACUUACUGAAGAAAAAAACCCAAUAAUCUGCAUUGCUAAAGUAAUGGAAGAAAUUAAGCAAAUAGACAGAAUCCUUGUCCUGAAGUACAUAGAGCCAAGUAACCAGCCUGAUAGUCCUAGGAAACUCAGCCAAGAUGCAUGUUUGCCUAGGCCCAAACAAUUUGAACGAAACACCCCAAAGAGUUGACUGCCGGAUGCGUGCAACGAAAGAAAAAUUAUCUGAUUUGGGGAAAAGCCAUGAUAUUCUUACAAUUUUGUGCCAAAAAUAAAUAUCAACAAUUUGGAUAGAGUGCUCCCUUAUCAUGUUAAGAAUACUAGUAACAGGACAGGGGUUGAGAAUGCCCCUGGGGACCUGAUUUAGGGAAUAUAUGAACCCUCACAGCACAGUAGCUGUUACAUUACAAUGUCAUCUACCAUGAAAAUUCGUAUGACUGUGAGGACAACUGGUUGAAUGGUUCUUGUGUCUCAUAGGAGCCAACAAAGCAAAACUAAAAUGUUUGAGGAGUAAGCGCAACAUCAUACAUACAUGGCAGACCUUCUCAUCACCAGGGUCUAUGACACAAGUCUGGAAAAGUCACCUCAAAAAGCCCACGUGUCUGGAGCUCUUGUCAUAUUGUAAUAUGCUGCCUGCCCAACAGGAGAGUUUGAGAACCAAACAAAUCUAUGUCCUCAGUCCAACAGAAGUGGGAGUAAAUAUAAAUCAAGCAACCUGUGAGCUAAUUUCCAGGCAGAAGCCAGGAGGAAACUGUGAGUAGGCAAAGAAGUGACAUGAGCUUUACCAGUGUUCACACUUGUUCUGCUGACUGGAGAAAAGAGAAGCCUCAUCUUCUUCUCGCAUGUCCCAAAAUAUCACUAUGGAUUGAGUGUCCAAUAUAGCAUCACUUAUGAAGGUACUGACACCUUCACUAGAUCUUAUGUCGGAGAGUUCAGGAGCUGAUUGCCACACAUAUCAGAGCUGUUUGGAAUGAGAAGAAUGUCUUCAGGCAAAGAUGGAUGCUGCUUAUUAUGCAAAUAUGACUGUGAUAGAGAUCAGGGACUUGAUGUCCAGUGGGAUAUGUGCAUGGGGACAAGAUGCAAAGACAAUGAAAAUACACAACUUCCAAAUGUACAAUGGAGCAAAGUGGGAAGGAUGGGUGGCUUAACUGUGGGAAAGUGCACUGAAGUUGAAUGCAGCCAUUUUAACUAGGGUUUAUGGAGUUGACCUACUCUUUGCUGCCCAGCCUAGAAGGCCAAACACCCUACGUGUAUUUACCUACUUCUUCAUCACUGCAGAUCUUUUUCCCACUAACUAUACAAGCAUUCUUAUUGUAGGCAGUUUCUUGGUGUGCUGGGAACUGGGUGAACUCCUGAACUCCCAAGCAGUGAUUGGCAUCCACGAAGUGAUAAGGCAUUUCAGCAGGCACAGCCUGCUAUCUCAUUCCACCACAUUACAACCGACAACAUUCUAACGACAAAUUAGCACUCAAAAUUAUAAUUACACUAUCUAUGUCCUUCUGUGUGGUCUUAAGUUUACUGUAAAUACCAGGGCUGGUAUGAGAAACAGGCAGGAGAGCCAGGUAAAAGUUGAAAUUUUCCUAUAUGUGUAAGCAAAAGGCUACAGGAAAUCAUAACCAAAAUGCCUUGUCAGGAUUAUUUGUUCAACAGAAAAGAGACAAUUUUACUGGGAACUGAGGAGAUAGGGUAUCUAUGGGGCCGUGAGCUUCCCAUGUUGGCAAUUCCUUGCUAUGGCUUUUGAGGGCUGUUGGUCGCAGGAGGCACUAAGCUAUUCAGCAUUCAAAGCACAGCAGCAUCCAGCCCUCACCUAACCUGUCCUUGGGUGCAAAGGUACAGGCUUUGAUCAGAUAAAUCCUUGUCACGUAAGGGAGAAAAGGACUGGUGCUGGGACCCGCAAAUGUGGUAAUUUACCCACUACAAGCACAAAGCCUGAAGAUGAGAUGUAAUACACACAACAUGCCCUCAGCCAGGGGCUGGUCAGACUGGAAAGAAACACAAACCAACUAGGUGACCACAGUGACCAGCUCAGAGCAUUGCCUUCCCAGCAGAACAAAUUGCAGAGCUGUCUCCUCUCUUCCUCCUGAAAGGUGGAGCUCUUUUCACUGUCCUGAUGUUUUUUCCUUUUCUUUUUUUUCCAAACCUUUUAAUAUACCAAGUAUGAAACGCAGAAGACAACAAUUUCCACAGCAGUGAAGAGGUGCUGAGUCAUGAAACAAAAACAAGGUGGUGGUAGCAAAUAUAAGCGUUGGUGCAGGUGUGUAUACAUGUAUGGAAAGAGAGAGGUUUUGAAGGGCCUGUGGAAGGCUACUAACUGUGUAAGUUACAAUAUUUGAACCUGGGCUUGAUAAUUCAGAUGAUUAUGAUUGGGGAAGUAGUAAAAAGUUUCCCAAUAGGGUACUUUUAUCAAUAUAAGCUUAAUCAUAUGUCUCUGGGGGGGGUUAACAAAACCCUGGUCUGACGAACAGCAGAGGGAUUCCAGGAAUGCUUAAAAACUUGCCAUAUGCAGCACUGGUUGAUGUCAAGAAGAGAGCAGCUAAACCCUUGUUCUCCAGUGCCUCUCCUAACAAACCUACAGCAGUAACCUUGAGCUCAGGGCCAGCCUUCAGAAGGGCUACAGGAAAGCAGAUCAUGAAUCAUCCUAGUAGUACCUUCAGGGAAUGCUUGAUUUCACAUUUCCUGUAGGAGUAGCAACACCACCUCAAAUUUAACCCAUUGUUGUCUUUAUAUACUCAGAUAUCAAACAUAAAAGACACUAGUCUGUACACUGGAUGCAUCCUAAUAAAGCAAUCUAGGUAAUGGAGCAGAGGUAGUAUAACAUAUAUCCUCUUUUCUUCAGGAAGUCUCUAAUUGCCCGUCCUCUUAAAAGUGGGAGGUUCAGAGCUCUCAAGUGCUCCACAAUCUAAACAGGACUGACUGUUGUUAUGAAUGGAGGCCUUCAAUAAAAAAGCACUUUUUCUGUCUCUGUUGGUACCUGAGGCUUGAGACAGUACCAGCAUGAGUCUUCAAGCUAUUUAUGAUGUUGUAGGUGAAAGUGGUGGGUUGGGACAAAAGGUGAGAGGGGAGAGGUGUGACAGGGCAAGUGCAGAAGCAGGAAAACUUUUAGCAAUUGAAAAAAAUGAAAAUGAAGCCUGAACAAUGGGGAAAUGAGAAGCUAAAAAAGCAGACAGCAUUUGGAGGAGAUGACAGUGCACAGCGAACUCCAUAGGUAGGCACCACUGGAGUAUACCGGCAGAGCUGAGUGAGGAUCGUGGUCUAGAGUUGUCAGGGUUGAAAUGUACUUGCAAAGGUGGAAUAAGAAUUUUAUGUGCUCCUGAUCUGUAUUACGCCUUCCCCACCCAGGCCAUCCCUUCCUCUAUCUCCCAAGAGGAGCUAUGAACACCUCCCUUUACAUUAUCUUUACAACCAGAAAAGAAAAAUGUAAUUUUGCUCUGUUGAGGACUGCCCAUGAAUUUAAACAACAGACUUCAAAACACUGACACAUCAAAACAAGUAUUUUAAUGGGCUUGGGAGUCUGGCUGACUAUCGUGAACCUUGGUGCCAUUGGUAUGAACUGGUAUCAUGGGUCUUCCAGCUUUGUCUCUGACAGGGGUUCCUGUUAAAUGGACACAGACAUUUAUUUAUGUUAGCCAUUCCUUUUCGGGGAACUCAGAGGCAUUUCAGGAACAUGUCUUGGAUAUCAGAGUGUACAUCCAUCUCCGUGUGUGUGUGUGUCCUGGGCCUCCGAUCGGAUGAAGCAGCCCAACCUCUUGGUGAAUCUCAUAAACUAAGCAGCCUGAGGUGGUGUCAGUAUUUAAAUAAGAGACCUUUAUCCAGCCUGUUCUUGUUUUAGGUGUACUUCAAUUCUGGUAAUAUAUCCUCUCUUUUAAGUGGGAAAUGUCACCAGGGCUCUAAAAUGAAAGCCAACUGUCUGAGGGUGCUCAGCUGAUAACAUAUGCCUGUUUUCACCCAUCCCUUUGCAUCGCUACGGGCGGUGCUCAAGGCGGCUCCAAGGAGAUGCUCUUCUCCCUGGUUUGUACUGGUGGCAAUACCCCCAGGUGGUGAUGGCAGCACGCUCCGCCUUGCCAGGGCGUGCUGCGUUUCUGAUGUCCUGGCUACCUGCGGCCAAGGGACAUUGCAGUCUUGAAAACCUUUUUGGAAUCAUGGCCCCAUUGCCCUGACAGGUGCACUAGGUUAUGUGAUGUCCACCAAAGCCCGACCGUUUCUGGAGGGCACAAGAGCCUCUCCAUUCCCGAGCGAGCCUCUCGUCGGCAGCAGCAGGACUGCUUGCUCUGCAGCAAAAGCGGAGUUACAGGCGGACCAGCCUAGGAGGUGGAUACUUCUGAAAAGCAUAAUAGGUAGUGUCACCAACGCUUGGGAUAAUAAGGCUGUUAAAGUCAGAAAAACCUUGACAUUUCCAGUGAUGAGAGAAUGAGGCUCUUGAGGAAGAACAGCCUCUAUGGGAUGAAGGACAGCCCAGCUUCUCCAACAGCAUCUGACAGCUUGAACCUUAUUGAGUAAAUGUCAUUAAGAACUGUGUAGAUCAUAUAAAUUCUUCUCCCCUUCAGCUGAAGGCUUUUCCCUAAUAGCGUCUUUCAAUAACAAGAAGCCCAAGAGCAUGAGGUAGUAUCAUCCCUGAGGGGCAGCUGCUCUGGUGGUGCAAACCGAGGGAACUCUGUCUGCAACAGAGCUACUUCAUCUGAAGAAAUAGCCCUCCAACAGUGCGGCUUGAUUGCCCCGUGCAAGUGACCUGAGGCUCAAAGUAAGUUUAUUCCCUAUGCAGUUUUGGAGAGCCAGUAGUCUGUAUAGCUCGGUUUGCUGAGAAGAUAUCAAUACCCUCGUGUGCUGCCUCUUGCUACUAGUGAGAAGCGGAGCUCAAGCAGUUAACAUGCAAAAUUCACGUGAAGGAGUGAGAGCAGGGAAUUCAUUUUAUUUCCCUAAACAGUAAUGAAAAUGCCCUCAUGAUCCCAGUGCACUUGCCGUAACAUAGUAAUAUGAUUAGCACUUAAUACUGUUUAAUAAAUAUGCUGAUUAACUUAGGCAACAGUAAUCAGUAAUUGCACAGAUAAAUAACAAACUCAACCAGUCAGCAGUGUGAAACAGUCGUAAGGAAACAAUACAUUAAUUCUGCUUUCCAUUUUAAGGUUGAAUUUGGGCAUCCUUCCUUAAUAUCCUGCAGAAGUCUUCUUCAAACAUUGCAGAUACAUUUGGCUGUCAAAAGGGUCUGUAUUUCUUUAUUUUGUAUUUAUUGCUCAAUGGAGGACAAAAAACUCCUCUAUUAUUUGGGGGGCUAUAAGAAAGGGAAGAAUAGAAUUAAACUGUAGCCCAAAAAUUUGUAAUGCCUUUUUUGAUCAGGUUUGUAGUUCAGGAAGGCUUUGAAAUAAAAACAUUAAAUGCAGGUUUUCAAACCCAAAUGACUGUGAUAAAUCCAAGUUAUAGACUAGACACUUUGGAUGCUCAAAGGCAGUUCCCCAGGCUCAGGGACCCUGGGAAUCCCGUAAAGCAUCUGCAGAGGUUCCUCACACCUCCCCCUUGGUCCCCACUUAAGGAUAUCUGUCAGGGAUGGAGCUUGCUCUGACAGGGCAUCUCCUUCAGCCAGACCCCACACGGUGUUUCAAAGCCUGCCGUCUUCUUUGCAUUUCCCGUUUUGACAACCUGCAUCCACGGAGCCCUUGAAUACAGCACACCCGCCCUCCAGCAUCCUCCUUCCUCAAACUUAUAUUCUUAACGUUAAAUAUUAGCCAGCAGCAGCUCACAUACAUAGGAUUUGGCUUUAUAACUUGAGUAAAUGUGUAAUUACCGAAGGGAGUUUCCGAGGGACGAGGUGUAAGCUGCGCGGCUCCUCCUGGGCCCCUCCGACGUUGUGGAGGAGCCGGGGCACGGAGCAGCCGUGUGAGUAGUGUGUUCACCCCACCUUAAAUCAUAAGAUUUACCCAAAUCUGCCGUCUCGUUUGCUCUGUAUCAAAGGCACCCAAUAUGUACUGCAUCUUGAAAACUUGCUCGGUGAAGAGUGCCAGCUGCUGGAGCAGGGCUGGUCUCAGCAGAAGGCACCCAUGGAAAUGACUUGCUGCUGACCUUUGAUUCGAGUACCAAUAUUUAGCAAGCAAAUAUUUAAAACCACACCAUUAAGAAGGGAGGCACAGCUUUACCAUGGGGAACUCGGGCAAGGGGUGCUGCUGAGAAAGGCCCGGGCUGUGCAGGGGAAGGGGCAAGCAGCCUUCAUCCCCUCCUCUCCCUCUCCCAGCAGAGCAGCCAGCCCUGCCCAUCAUGCCCACACUGGGGAAGGGGCAGAUGCUUAGACCCCAACACGGCGGAUGGCUGCUGUACCAAGCAAGGCAGGAGAUUUAAAACCCCAGAGGGCUGGGUGAAGCUGUUUCAACCCCAAAGGCAAAACAACCAUGGCCGUCUCUCCCGCUCACGUUGCCCGCUGCCCCGCACGAGCGGAGGCUGUGCGACGGGGAGGUCACCUUGCCGAUCCGGCUGCCCGGUGCCACCGGAGCACAGCUGGUCCUGGGGGACUGUCCCCAGCUGCUGGUCUGUUGCCGUGGCUGGGACCCACAUACUGACGAGUCUUCAAGAAAUCAGUUGGUCUCGGGUGCAGCAACAGGCUGAGAGGGUGUUUUUUCCCUUGGGAGUGGCGUGGAAUUAGCUGUGUUUGUCGGUUUAUAAUUAGAUACUUGCACCUAACAGUAUUCUUUCUGUUGGACUUUUAUAGUUUUGUCUCUUCUUUUUUAAACAUGAAAAAUAAUCACUCUUAAAAUAAAAUAAUUUAAAAAAAAAAAAAUUUUACCCGGGAAAGAGUGAUCUAUAAAAAGAGAAAAUCCUUGCCAGGGGGACGCCACAGCAGCGAGCCCAAGCCACACAAAGCCCGGUUGCGGGCUUCCCUUUUCCGCAGCUACUCAGAGGUUAACCAGGGUCUGUAAGCAAACAGCUUAAAGAAGGAGCCCGGCUUAGUGCCUGGGUGUCUCAGGCUGUCCUGGGGACCGCCAGCCUAAUGCCCUUCCAGCAGCCCCUCCCUCCCAAAGGCGAUGCUAGGCAAACAGAGCCAGCCCUCGCCCUCUCCCCAUGCAGCGAGGAGCCCGCCGCGGGGACGGACUGGACCCGGGCUGGGGCUCAGAGGCAUCGCAGAAGAGGGUGUUUCGCUUCAGACGGGCGCCGAGCCAUAUAUAUAUAAACCCUGGAGCAGCGGCCCGGGAGGAUUGUUAAGCACACCCACACCUCGGCUACGCUUGGCAGCGCGGCGAGGUGCUGCCGGCCAUCCCGGCGGCUGAACCCCGGCGUACAGGAACACGGGAGCGAUCUGCCCAUGGGCUCCCGCCUGCUGCUGAUGCUGAUGCUGCUUCAGGCAGUUUGGAAAGGUGCUCUGGGAAAAUCCCAUUCACUGCACACCCGAGGAAUCAUCGAAUUGGCAGGAGCUAUAUCGUGUGGCACGGGACGGUCUCCUUUGGCAUAUAUUGGCUAUGGAUGCUACUGUGGACUGGGAGGACAAGGCUGGCCUAAAGAUAAAACAGACUGGUGCUGCCACAGGCACGACUGCUGCUAUGACAAGGCAGAGAAGGAAGGCUGCAGCCCCAAGGCACAGCAGUACCGGUGGGCAUGUGAGCAGAACGCCGUGCGGUGCGAUAACCUGACAGACCGGUGUGAAAAAAUGGUGUGCCUGUGUGACCAAGAAGCAGCCAAGUGCUGGGGAGCAGCGCCGUACAACCCACACUUCAUCCUCUGGCCAGACUUCUUAUGUGGACAGACUCAUCCCACAUGCCAUUUCAGAUAUGGGGGGGCAGAGUAGUCUUUUUAGGACCUUUCUUCUAACCCUUUGAAUCUGAAUGUGCUGGAAUAAAAUUUGACCUCUUUUACCAGA